AUGCUCACCAGAUCAGCGACGACAAUCGCCGCCGCUCGGCGGUUCCACGCCAGCGCCUUACGGGCGCAGCAGCAGCAUCACACCACCAACCCCGUCACUUCAAAACUCAAACAAGUCGACGCCCACUUCCGCAAGAUCGGCGACGAGACGACGCCGGAGUCACAGCGGACCAUGCGCACCCUCCGCCGAGUCGGUGUCCUCAGUGUCGCCGUGGCGCUCGGCUCCCUCGUGUGGGCGCUGACCUAUGUCUCCGAGCCCGCUUACGAACAAGUCGACGACAUUGUCGAUUUGGGCAAAGACGUGAGAAAGACGAAAUAG